AUAAAAGUGGGUGCAUCUUGUUCUCGGAGACUUCAAGCGAUCACUAGUGGCACUGGAAGCAUCAAGACGUAGAACUGUCGUCUGACUUAAAUAUUUGUCUCUUGUUUUCCUGUGAAGGUCUGGUGCUCUCUUAAGUCCCGCGCAAUGUCCAAACCAACACCCGUCUUUUUGGUCACCAUAGUGAUAGCAACCAUGGCAACCAGUGUCAUGGUUACAACCGUCCUUGCGUCCUCCUGUUCCAGCUGCCCCACUACGACCGCCAAAGCCGACAAGCUCUACUUCGACGACGCCACACUGGGCCUGGAUUGUUACUUCCUCGGGAACGGCGUGCACCAAGACUGCAGUUCCUGUAGGUCCUACAUAAAUUGCGCCAAUGGGGUGAAGUCUGUGAUUCAGUGCGGAAAAGCAAAAGUUUGGGAUCAGAGCAUCAAAGCUUGCGUCAGACCCGCUCUGGAGACCGCCACCUGUAUUGCCACGCGUGAUGACCUCAAUGGCAUGUGCACUUACCUCGCCACGGAUGGAAACUGGCUAAAGGACAAUGAAAAUGUCUUUUUCUUUGCAUACUGUUACCAGUACUACUACAGCUUAAGCCACCAGAUUCAGACAUGUCGCAAAUGCAUGACGGGAAAGCUGCAAGAACCGGUUCCGCAAACGGGGGUCCUGGGCAUGGACUCUUCCUCGGAGUGCGUUGGGCGGCAAGGGGCAGGCUACCAGUUGUGCAACACGUGCUUAAAAUACGGGUACUGCGACUACAACAACCUGUUACCCAUUAUUCUGCCCUGUCCGCCCGGGAAAGUUUACGACGCCAAUAUUCCCGUGGACAGCAACAGUGGUGACAUCUAUCGACAGUGUAUUGAACCAUGGAAAACGAAUACCUGUCGUCUGACGGAUGCGGACAUGAAAACGCUGUGCGACCACUACAAAAAUGCUAUGUCCACAGAAAUGGAAUAUUCGUUCUAUUAUAGUCACUGUUUGAUAAUAUAAACGCUACUCGUCGAAACAUUAUUUAUUGUCGAACAGUUUGAACGCUAUGGGCGUAAUCAUAAAAAAUUCAAAUUACUUCUCAAGGGAGGAUAAACAACUCAUCAAUAUUUUUCUAUUUUCAAAUAAGGUCAUACCUUAAUGUUAUCUAUUUUUUUCUUCUCUGUUAUUAUUAUU